UCAAUUUAAAUUACUUGUUAGUGGAGCGAAAGCCGACAUUAUACCUGAAAGUGGAGGCUUGCGAUUGGUGGCCAGAUCAACCAAUGAGGGCCGGAGUCUGGGUACCGGUCGGGGCGCUCCGCCGCGCCGCGGCAGCGGGCGGGUCGAGUGCGGACCGAGCUCUCCGCGCCUCAGUUCCUUCACACACCUCGCUACGAAGUGACGUGAGCGCACAUUCGUGUUUUUGUUGUCCUCUAAUUUUGAAAAUUUUCGAACAGUUCCAAGUCUGUGGUAGUGAUAAUGCCGCGACCUUCCCGUGAAUCGUAUGGGGAUCAAAAGCCGCCCUACUCGUACAUUUCAUUGACGGCGAUGGCGAUAUGGAGUUCCCCGGAGCGCAUGCUGCCGCUCUCGGAGAUCUAUCGGUUCAUCACGGACCGCUUCCCAUACUACCGGCGCAACACGCAGCGCUGGCAGAACUCUCUGCGGCACAACCUCUCGUUCAACGACUGCUUCGUGAAGGUGCCGCGCCGCCCGGACCGGCCUGGCAAGGGCGCCUACUGGACAUUGCACCCGCAGGCCUUCGACAUGUUCGAAAACGGCUCGUUACUGAGGAGGCGCAAACGUUUUAAGUUGCAAAAAGGAGAGAAAGACAACCUUAACGCGGAGCUUGCUGCACUGGCCAGUUUUAAUCGUGCAUUUUUGGCUCGUCAAGCGGGUGCGCCACCGCCGCCGCCAGCUUUGCCGAGUGCUAGCCUCUACACUCCUCCUCUGUGUCCUCAACUCAGUCCAGAGCCAGCUGAAUUGCCGGAAGUAGCAACAGUGACGAUGUUACCUCCACAAAGGCCACGACGAGCGUUCACGAUAGACGCGUUGCUGGAACCGGAGCCGGCGCAGUCACCGCCACAGCUGGCGAUGCCACGUCUGGAGUUGGCGAUGCCGGCGCCGUACAUCCUGGCAGCGCAGCGCUACCACGCCGAGCUGCUGCAGGCAGCGGCGCACGCGCUGCGCCCCUGCUACCUGCCGCCGCCACCGCUGCCCGUCGCGUGACACACCGCUCACUCGACCUGCCACAACAUUUCGUGCAAUGCUAGAUUGUAAGUACUCGAGAUACGAACAAUUUUUGUGCAGAUUUCAAAGUGCUCGUCAAUAAAAAAUUCAAGUCAGAAACACACUUAAAUACUCAUAAUCCGUAUAUCUAUAAUUAAACACUAUGAUUCAUCUACUUAAGUAAAAUUUACCAAAUAAGUUACAUUUUGUGGCAUUUACUGAUAUACUUAUAAGUAUGUUUGUUAUAAAAAUAACCGUCGCUCACAUAAGGAGUCGCGCAGUAGUGAGGCCUAAAUGGUUGUAAUUGGCCGACCGAGCGCGGCGAGAAACCCGGCAACCGUGGCUAAACGAAUAACCCGAUUAAAAUAUCAGUUGUUAUUUUAGUGAUCUCACAUAUAUAAAUGUAGGUGUAUAAUUAGUUUAUGUAUACAUUAGAAUUAAGGAACACCUAUUUAUUUAAUCAGUAGGUAGGUAGAUUUGAAGUCUUUGAUGGUCCUGUUAUAAUACUGAUAUCCUAAACACAAUUUGACACUUCACAUGAAGUUCUCAAGUAAGUACAAUGUUUGCAUCGAACAGUUUUAUAGUCAUCAUCUGGA